UCCUAGCAACUGAUCUACGCUAGCUUGACGCGGCGGUGCUGUGGUCAGCCUGCAGCGUCGGAGAAAGAUAACGGGCUAAAUAGAGUGAAUUGCCCCCCGUGUUUCUGUCGUUUCCCCCCCCUCCCCUGGAAGAUGGUGGCCAAACAGAGGAUCCGGAUGGCCAACGAGAAACACAGCAAGAACAUCACGCAGAGAGGAAACGUAGCCAAGACGCUGCGACCGCAAGAGGAGAAGUACCCUGUAGGCCCCUGGCUGCUCGCCCUCUUUGUAUUCGUUGUUUGUGGAUCAGCCAUAUUCCAGAUCAUCCAGAGUAUCCGUAUGGGGAUGUGACCCAGGGGGAGCAUCGUCACCCCAGCCCUCCUCCUCAUCCCCUCCAGAGGCCCAGAGACGGACGCAGGACAACAGAGAGAGAAACUUCCCCCGAC